AUGAAUGAAGAUGCAGCAAAUGCUCUAGAGCUGUGCACCGAUGAAUUGGCCGAGACUGAAAGGUGUGAGAGCAUAGAGCUUGAUGAUGAAAUAAGACAUCUGAUAGAGAAGAACAGUAUUUCACAGUCCCGUGAGAACUCGGAGUUCAUUACCCAAGAGGGUGUGCUCAGACAGAUGACUUCGCGUUCCCUGGAGACCAGGCGUAAAACAGACAUCCGAAGCCUCUUUCGACUGUCACAGACAGGUAUGAAUGGCCCAGAAGGAUCAGAAGACCAGUCACAAUGUACGUUACUGACAAAAAAGAAGAACAGACCAACAGAUACCCUUGAACACCAGGUCAUACUAUUGGAAAGACAGAAACAAGAGUUGCUAGAGGUGAACAAGCAAUGGGAUCAACAAUUCAGAAGUAUGAAACUGCACUAUGAACAAAAGCUUGCAGAAGUGAAAGCGAAACUGGGCGCAUCACAGAGGAGUGUCAGUGCGCUGGAGAAAGAAAGGCACCGGAAUCAGCAAGAGUGUGAAAGGCUGCAAGCCCUGGCCAGAGAGGGACCGGGUCAGGAAGCGAAAGAAAAAGAAAUCCUAAGUGAAGCACUGAAUGAACUGAAGGAAGAAAACAAACUUCUGAAAGAACAAAAAGCUUCAGUGACCAAAAAGAAAGAGUACUAUGAAUGUGAAAUAAGUCGCCUCAACAAGGCCCUUCGGGAUGCAUUGCAGAAGCAACACUCGUCCCUUCUUCUGCCUCAUUUGGAUACAUCUGACAGGAACUGCAACAAUGAAGAGCUGAGGACCCAAAUGGAAGUUCUCAGACAACAGGUACAGAUAUAUGAAGAAGACUUUAAAAAGGAGAGAGCUGACAGAGAAAGACUUAAUGAAGAGAAAGAAGCACUUCAAAAACGUAACGAAAGAUCACAGUCCCAACUGAACAAACUAAAUUCUCAGAUGAAAGCGUAUCAGAAGGAAAAAGAACUUCUAGAGAAGCAACUAAAGAAACAGACAAAAGACCUCCCUGUGUCAUCUGAGAGGUGCUGCUUCUCUCCUCCGGUGUUCCUUCCACCUUGUGUUAAUUAUGGAAACUGUGGAUUAGUUUUCCACUGCCAAGAUCCUCGAGUACACAUGGCAUCACGGGGUAUGCAUGAUCAGCAACAGCACCCUCCAGACUAUCAGUGGUAUGUUCCGGACCAGUUUCCGCCAGAUGUGCAGCACAAGGCAAAUGAUACUUCCUCAAAGAAAGAAGUUCAUCACUGAAAGCAUGUGAGCUAGAGAAGUGCAGAUGAAUUACACAUGCUCCCAUACCAUGAAAGACUGAGAGGCAGUGUGAUGUUUCCUUGUAACUUUAUUGUUCAUUAUUUUUGCUUAUAGCCCCCAUAUCUGUCCAGUACAUGUUAUUUGUAUCUGGGUGGUGGUGGUGAUGGAGACACAGAAUCUACACAAGGAUCUUCAAGAACUGAUUGAAUUAUCUGGGGAACCACCACUACCCUUCUUCCUUUUGUGGAAGUUGCUGCCCAGGCUGGCUAUAGGGCUUGAUAGAAACUUCUUAUGAUUCAAUGUUAAAUUGCUGUGGAUUAAGAAGAUGUUGCAUCUGAUUUGAAUAUAAAAUGUUUAAGCACAUUGAUAUUGUGAUCCAGUGUAAGAAUCACAGCCCACUUUAUUUAAGUUCUGAAAAUCAUUUGUUGUGCCAUUUUGAAUUCUGCUCUCAUUUCUUGGAAUAUAUAUUUAUUGGAAUGAUAGGAGCACUUUAGAGAAGUGGCUGUCUACUACUGUGUUUGUACAGUGCCUAGUAUGAAGGUGGGCCAUUUUUAGUUGGUCCUUAGGUGCUUCCGUAAUAAACAUUUUUACUAAUUGGUUGACUGAUAAAAAUGGCAGUCCUACUCUUUCACAGUUUUUGUAUAAAAUUGUAAUUGUGUUGCAUGUUGUCCAAUUUUCCAUGGUAGACCCUGAACCUGCUCCCAUUUAAGUCCUGUCCACUUCUUCCAUUGAUUUCUGUAACAAAAAGCUUGGGACUAAAGCACGCAUAGGUUAUUAUCAUAAUUCUGUGUUUGUGCACAUAUUUGGGUCAAUGGAAUAUUCAUGGAAAUAUUCCACUGAUUUAUACUGAUAGUGAAAACAAGUUUCUACUUCCAGAGGAUUUUAAUAAUGAACAAUGUAAACGUAAUUGUCUGACCUUUUGAAUUUGAUAACACAACAACAUUAAUUGAAUAGUUCUGUUUAAACCAUGCAACUUUAUAGGAAAUCAUCAUGUCAGAUAUUUGGCAAAUACUGCAUGAUGUAAUCUGCUUACAGUAUAACUGCUCUCUCCCUUCAUAUAUUUAAAAGCUUCAGAGGGGUAGCCGAGGUACUCUGUAACUGGAACAACUUAAAUACUUUAGCAGCACCUUAAAGACUAAUAUCUAUAUGCUUUGUUAGCCUUUAAGGUGCUACUAGACUAUUUGUUGUGUCUUUAGUUUUUCAUAUAUUUAGUUAGAAUUCUUAGGACUGUUCUCUAUCAGAGCCACUACAUAGGGGUAAGCCUUGCGCCUUAAACAGUAGAUCCCAUGAAACAUCUAAUGGAUGUUCUUUGUAAAUCAGUAGAAAUUUCUAAGCGUGAGUCUAAUUUCACACCACGCCUUCCUAAAUUGUACCAAGGCAGAGUUUUCAAGUGGACCUACCAACCCUCACAGACAUAUACAGGAGAAUUCCCACAUUUAUAACAAUCCAUUUUAAUUUCCAUUUAUGUGCAAAGACUUUUGCAUUAAAAUAAUAACCUUUGAAGAUUAAAUGUUUUCAGCAGUUGAAUUCAGACCCAAUGGAAAACAAUCCCUGGGAAAAGAUUUCUCUGCAAUUAAAUUAAUUCCCCCAACCGCUUUGUUUUUUGCAUUCAAGGAGACAAAUCCCGCCUUAUUUGGUCACGCAGACCAAGAGAAACAUGACCAAAAUCCUAAAUUAACCAUUCUCUAGAGAAUAACUAUUUUAUCAUGAUUUUUUAGAAACCAGAGUUGCACUGCAACUUUGUCUGUGGCAUAAAAGCCACAGAUGGAAAAAAAAAAAGUGUCCAUUGAAGCUAGAGAUGAGGAGCUCUGUCUCUCUGUAUGGGUAUGAAGCUGGCUUACAGACACUGUAGCAGCAAAUAAUUUAACUAGCAGACAACUCUUGAUUAAUGAUUUGGCUAAUAAGGGUGAGAUCAUGGAAAAUGCUAAUGCAAUGCCUUAGGAAAAUCCAAUUAUAAUGUAACCUAAUUCAAUUCAGACUCUCAGCAGGUGACCAAUGUUCUGAGAAGAAUACCCCACGCUUGGCUGUAGUGAAUGUUCAAAACAGACGAGCUUCUGUAUAUCUGGUGUUGCAGCCAACAAACCCCCAUUUCAUUCACUUCAGCCCUUCUAUGAAGGUUGUGUCUUCUGUUUGUGAAACUUAUUAUAUAGUUUGAGGAACCAUUAUCUGGCCUAAGCAGAGAUGACUCAACAUGAGUCAUUCAUACUAAGAAAACAGAGUUUGCAGUGCUAGUGCUAGCUCUACUUUUUUGGUAUAGACAUGGAGUUUUUAAUGGUUGGUUGGCUAGGGCCUGAUUUUGCAAACAUUUACUUGAACAAAUCCCAGUGAAGCUAAUUGUGAGGCUUUGUUUCCAAUAUGGUGUGAGUGGGAGGAAGAGGCCUCUACCUUUUUGUAUGCUGCUGCACAUGUUCCUCAAAUCCAGGUACUGUUUUCCCUCAAUUAGUGUGGUCACAUUAAAAUAGCGUACACCAAAGAACCAUUGUUGUUGUU